GUAUUCUAUUUCUUAUUAAUAAACAAUAUAGUACCGACACAUAUUUUACAAAUAUUUUUUAAAAUCGCAAAAAAAUUAAUUUUUUUUAAUUAUUUUUAAAAUGUGUUCAAUUCCAAAGGAGAAAUGUUGUACGGUGUCGGCGUGUGAUCUAAAUACUUCAAUUAACACACGAGUAGAGGAAUCGGCGAAGGAUCUUACUAAACAAGUAGAUUGCGAUAAGCAAAAAGCCGCAACAGAAACUGGACAAUAUUACAAAUGCUGUACUUUAUCACCCGUCGCACCGACUCCUUUGAUCAAUGUCGAUUGUUGUGAAAAAGCGAAACCUUGUGCUAGUCAUUUUUGCACAGCAGUAAAAGGAGAAUGUAAUAAUUAUGAAUUGACACCGUACGGGAAAGAUUUCGUUUGUAAAACAGGACGAUUAAUUCAAAAGUGUUUAUGUGUUAAGUUCAACGGUCUGCAAGAUACAUGUAAACAUUCGGGUUGCUGUACUAAAAUAGGCUGCAUGAGACCUCUUUUCCCUAAUUGUCCACCGGCUCGUCAAUGGAAAAAUGAUUAUAUCUGCAAAAAGAAGAAACCCAUUCGAUGUUGUGCAGAUAAUGAAUAAAUAAAAUAAUUUAUAAUA